UGUAAAUAUUUUGGUACAUAUAUAUGCACACAUACACAAACGUACUCAUAUACACCUGUGGACGAAUACGAGUGUGCUUACAUUUUUCGAGCUUUGGCAGUAGGUUUUGGAUUGUGUCUAACUUGUAUAUAAAGAUUAGCUGGCAACAGGUACCACGUGAUAAAGCUACGUAAUGUAUCAAAGCACGGAUCACCUCGUCUCCAACGAGCAAGGAGUUUCCAGUGGAGGUUACCAAGCCAUUGAAGGCGGUGGAGGCAGAACAACCUCGGGAAAUCCAACAAGUGUUGCAGAAGCCCCUCAGACUUUCCUGUCUCAAGUGAAAAGGGCAAAGGAAGAAAGUGUAGGAUGCUGCAGCUUCUGCCUGGCGUUUUUCGGUCUGCUUCUCGGUUCUCUUGUAUGGACGCUUGUCGUUAUCGUCAUUGUGACAGUUCCGAUUGUUAUGAUUGUCAUUGGUGCGGAGUAUUUCCACGACUGGCCAGUGGAAAAGAUGAUUCCCAUCACUUUGAUCGUGGCCGGAUGCGUUGCCCUCCUCAGUAACCUCCUCAACUUCAUUGACAGGUUCAGACGAUUCUCAGAAUCUGGCCUACCCAAGAGACAUACUGUCAUCGGCUGGAUCAACGUCUGCAUCAAUAUCUUCUUGGCUGCCUGGUUCGUUGCAACAUGUUACUGGGUGUAUGGUGCCAAAGUUCACCUGAAUGCGGAUAAAAGUUCAGCAAAUUACUGCAACCCUCAUCUCUAUGGCUUCAUCUAUUGGCUUCUGAACUUUGUUUUCAUAUUCUUCGGAACUAUGGUGGUUGUAUCCGGGCUCGUCAUGUUCUGCGCUUUCAUGUGCUGGUAAUGGAGCAUUAUGCUGAUACGGUUCAUCUUCAUUUUCCCUGAAAAUCACUCCAUCUGAAAUGAAGUUUUGUUCUUGGAUCAAUUUCUGAAGAAAUGAGCUAAACUGUUUUUUAAAUACGUUAUUUAAAUUCUACAUUUCAUUCAUCAUAUUUUUAUUUUAUUUCAAAAUCGAAAUGAUUUCGUAUCAUUGUUUUUAACCUUCUCUAACAUUAAAAGUAGCAUUAGAAGUAAAAU